ACCCCAGCCCCGUCAUACAUGAAGAACAUAAUAUGUCACCAUACAACACUGACACAAGCAAGGGAGGGGCCGCUCUGCUGCAACAUACAUUAGAUAGAAUGAAUGCAACGAGCCUAAAGAAGACUUCCUGUUGAUGCAAAAAUUGCAGCAGCAACUGCCUGACACAUCUGGACUUGGAAAAAAAAAAGGGGGGGGAGGCCUGGCUGUAGUGUUAGCGAGCUGCUGAGGGGAAUGGACAGCAUCUAAAUGCCAACCUGCAAGACGGUGAGUGUGGUGGACUUCGUCUUUGGCAUGGACUGGUGACCGUAGUGCGUUUCUAAUGUCGGCACGUCGGUUCCCUUUGAGCGCUGUCGACAAACUGGAGAAGCAUAUCCAAGAAAUGGACGACGGCAGCUACAUCGAGUUUGAUGUGCCGGAGUUCAGCAACACGGUUCUGACCCAGCUCAAUGAGCUGCGGCUUCAGGGGAAGCUGUGCGACAUCAUCGUUCACAUUCAGGGCCAGCCGUUUCGAGCUCACAAGGCCGUGCUGGCGGCCAGCUCACCCUACUUCCGUGACCACUCGGCCCUCAACACCAUGAGCGGCCUUUCCAUUUCAGUCAUCAAAAGCCCCAAGGUGUUCGAACAGCUCCUUGCCUUCUGCUACACGGGUCACAUGUCCCUCCAGCUCAAGGAUAUCAUCAGUUUCCUCACAGCCGCCAGCUUUUUGCAGAUGCAGGCAAUCAUCGACAAGUGCACCCAAAUCCUGGAGAGCAUCCAUUCCAAGAUCAGCCUCCCAGUCAGUGCUUGCAGCCCCGAUAAAGACGGCUCCCAGAUCAGUCAUAAUGGAAUAAACGACAGCAACCUCUUCAUAAACCCUACCCAGAUCUCCCCCCCUUACUACCCCCGGCAGAGCCAGGGAGUCGGCGAGUCUCGGCCGGAGCAGGCGGCGAAGGGCCAGGGCCGCGCGCGGCAGCAGCAGCAGCAGCAGCAGCAGGACGAGGGCCAGUCGGAUCGCGGCAGCAGCGACGGCGUGUCGGAGCACGACGUGGCCAUGGAGGGCGACACCGAGCAGGUGGAGCUGAUCGGCAAAGACGGCCAAGUCACAGACGUGCGCGUGAAGGUAGAGAAAAACGACAGGCCGUCUUACUCGGACAGCUCCUCGGCCGGCGACGACGGCUACCACACGGAGUUCGUGGACGGAGAGCAGAUCGUGGCCGUCACCGUAGGCUCCUACGGCCCCGUCAUCCAGCCGGCCACCUAUUCUUACUCAGGGCUGUCCUCCUCCUUUGUCAACCUCAGCAACUCCAGUCCCUCCCGCUCCAUCCUCAGCGGCUUCAGAGGCGGGCGGGCCAGAUCGAAGCGCCCCAUGGCUAUCCCGGCGGGGGUGCUGAAUCAGAUGAAGGCCGUCUCGGACGACGGCGAGCCGGCGGCGGGGGCGGCGGGGCUGGAGAACGACGUGCGAGAGCGCAGCCUCCGCAGCCAGUGGUACCCGUACAACGAGCGGCUGAUUUGCAUCUACUGCGGAAAGAGCUUCAACCAGAAAGGGAGCCUGGACCGCCACAUGCGUCUGCACAUGGGAAUCACCCCGUUCGUCUGUAAGUUCUGUGGCAAGAAGUACACGAGGAAAGACCAGCUGGAGUACCACAUCCGUGGCCACACGGACAACAAGCCCUUCCACUGUCAGAUCUGCGGGAAAUGCUUCCCGUUUCAGGGCACCCUUAACCAACACCUGCGGAAGAAGCACAUGGGCGCGUCGGAGGCCAGCAAUCACACGGACUCCCCGGAGAGAACCGAGGAUAGCUCAGGUCAAAAGGACCAGGGAGACGCCUCGGAGGGGAUGGCCUACGAGGCGCAGUACGCCGAGGAGGCUCCAGCCAACGACGCGGAGGAGAGCUCCAAAGGCAGCCCAGAGGAGGCUCAGGCGUCGAGGUGUGAUUUCUAAGGUCCUGCUUCAGGUUAAGGAAGCUUUAAGAAAUGAUUAGCUCCACUCAGUCUAAACCGACUCGCUCUUUUGGAACCCCUCUGCUCUGAACCUUUCUCGAUCCAAGCGUUUCUGUCGGGUUUUUCCGUUCAGUCGACGCGGAGAAGGAGCGACAGAAAGAGGAGGCUUUAUUCUAGAAAUUCUUUCAAGCAAAGGGAGUCACAACGUACUAUUUUCCGAGGUGGUCCCAAUAAUCACGACCUCCAGUCGAUUGCUCUUUUUAUCUUUCCAUGUUUUAUAUAUAAAAAGAAAUAUUUAGAGUUCUAUAGGCAUGUUGCAAUAAUUGAUAAUGUGAAAGCUCUGGUAAGAUGCUUGUCAUAUCACCUUUUUACCCGACCUGUUUUUGCACAUGUGGCCACUGGAGGUCACUUACUCACAAGGAAUGAUUUUUUUUCUGCCAGUGCAAAGCUUCGUGUGAAAUAUCCGUUUAAUACCUCAUGUUUUAACUACAUACUCAUAACAGACAGUAUUUUAACUUAAAUGAAACUCACCGGGUUCUACCUCAUAGCCGAGAACCUAUCCAGCACAGACGUGUUCACCGUUUCAAAUCCGUUUUUAGCUUUCGUGUACAGUUUUAUCUUCUUGCCAAACGCUGUAACACUUCUUAUUUUUUACACAAAGCCUUGAUACUUGGGUGGGAAAUGUUCCUUGCUGAUUGUAUGGAUUAGGGACUCGGUCCUUGUCAAAUGUCUAUGGUCAGCCAGGUUAAAAUUAUGAUCAAGAAAGGUGCUAUGUUAGGGAGUGCAUUAAACGCUUACUUGUGUGCUUUUGGUAAAACGCUGCGGACAAAUUAGGAGACUGGCCUCGUUGUGAUUUCGAGCUGCGUUUUUAUUUUCUGUCUGAUUUCAUCACACGUCACUACUGGAAGUCUCACUCGGUCGGUCCAGGUCUGGUUUUCAGAUGCUGUCAUCCAUAUGAUGGGUGAAUAAUGUCCACCAAAAAAAAAAAAAAAAGUCACGUAUACCUCUUCGCCCUGUAGGCUAAUUUACAAUGAAUUAACGUGUGCGUUUGUUUUCUACAGAGGAAGGCUUCCAAUGCGAUACUCAGUAUCUGACAGAGACGAGAGAAGUUGCUGUUAACUAAGCGCCGCUUAACAAUAUGCAAAAA